AUGGCCGAUUCGAAGAUGGCUACGUUGCAUGUUGUUUUGUUUUCAUUGCACGGUAUUUAACGUUGAUUCAUGAAAAUGAAAAUCGCGGGAGAAGUACUUAUAAAAUCUCCGUGCCUCGUUCUUUGUUGAGAGACGAAAUCACGGUGCAAGAACUAUAUCGUGAGAACAGUGAGAUUAUACCAACGUAACCUUGCUUAGUGAUACCCGUAUGUCGAAUCUGAAGUCAGAUUUCGUGAUACAAUCCCGUAUAAACAUUAUUUCUAUCAUCGCACUGUAAACUAUUAUUUAAAAUUGUUGGAAACUCGAACAAACAAUAUAAAUGCUCCUAAAAAACAGUGACAGCUACGCGCGAAACUGCAGACUUGCGCACUGACUCAACUGAUUUGAGUAAAACCAGCGACCAGCGUUCGUUUUCUAUAUAAACUUAAUAGCAUUAGAAAUGGCAGCGCCAGAGGCGAUACAAGUCAGCUCGCUUCCUUUACCUCCCGUUCAGUACAUUAAUUUGUACACGGAUGAAAAUGUUCGCCGCGGCAGAGCACCGCGGCCACCGCCACCGAUACACGACACUUACUCGAUGUUCGGGAAUGUGUUUAACGCAGAUGAUACGAUUAUCAGACCCCUCGAAGCUCAAGGAAUCAAAAGGUUGUACCCUCAGCAUUUCGAUCGACGCAGAGAGUUAAAGAAAUUGAAUCAUUCCCUCCUCGUCAACUUUCUCGACUUGAUAGACUUGUUGGUACAAUGUCCAGACAGUCCAAGACGAGCAGAGAAGGUGGAAGACCUCAGCUUGUUAUUCAUUCACAUUCAUCAUUUACUGAAUGAAUUCAGACCGCAUCAGGCCAGGGAAACGCUGAGAGUAAUGAUGGAACUGCAACGGAGACAACGUAUUGAAACAGCGCUUAGAUUCCAGAAACAUUUAGACAAAGUUCAAGAAAUUCUGCAACAUGCGCUGCAGAUGUUGCCAGAUACUUCAGAUUUAGAUUCUAAGUUAGCUAUUAACACAGAUGCCAUGGAGUCUAUUGACAAUAUGGGUUCUGAGCAGCAAACUCCAGAUCCGUGUAGCUUAAGCGACCACAUUAUGUGUGAAACGAUAGAUGAUAUGAUGUCGACGAAUGGACUGUUUUAAAUGGCUGCAAAAACGAUUGUAAUUAUUAUUGUAACAUACGUUGUAAUAAUUCUAAGAGUAUAACGUAUUUGUGAAGAAACAUAUAUUUUUCUUAUGGACAUUUUGGAUGUACUAAGAACACGAUAUAAUUUUUGAAUA